UUGACUCCCCCUCAAAACAUCCUCGCAAUGGAUGGCCACUCUAUUUCUCUUCUCAAAUCCUCAAAUUCUUACAUGAUUUUCGUCUCCAUCUUCGUCCUCCAAACUUGUCAUCAUCUCAUUAUUUGCCAAGUGAUGCCUCCAUCUCCACCACCAUCCCAAGAUUUGGUCUUCUUGGACCCAAGACUCGCCGCCGUAUAUCCGGUAAUCCAGAGAUUCAAGAACACCAUCACCGCCGAUCCGCUCAACAUCACCAAUUCUUGGGUCGGCCCUGACAUCUGCCACUACCGAGGCUUUUAUUGCGACAACCCGCAGGACAAUCUCACAGCCACCGCGCUUGCUUCCGUCGACUUCAACGGUUACCACCUCGGCGCACUGACCCUGGAGGGCUUUGUCGACCAGCUCCCGGACCUCGCAAUCUUCCACGCCAACUCCAACAACUUCUCCGGCAUCGUCCCUCAGAAGAUUGCACAGCUCCCGUACUUCUACGAGCUCGACCUGAGCAACAACAACUUCUCUGGGGCAUUCCCGGCCGCGGUGUUCGGCAUCACCAAUUUGUCAUUCUUGGACAUUCGUUACAAUGCCUUCAGCGGGUCCGUCCCGCCGCAGGUCUUCAAGCAAACCCUCGACGUGCUCUACAUCAACAACAACAACUUCAUGCAAACGAUCCCAAUCGAUUUCGGCUCGACCCCAGUGCUCUACCUCACCCUGGCCAACAACAAGUUCACAGGCCCGAUCCCGAGGAGCAUUGGCAACGCCUCCUCAACGUUGAUCGAAGUGCUUUUCCUGAACAACCAGCUGACAGGUUGCAUUCCUUACGAGAUUGGGUUCUUGAGAAAGGCCACCGUCUUCGACGCGGAGGGCAACUACCUGACAGGACAGCUCCCAUGCUCGCUCGGUUGCUUGGACAAGAUCGAGCAGCUCAACUUCGCCAGGAACUACCUGUACGAUGAGAUCCCUGAGGUUGUGUGCUCGAUGCCGAACUUGUUGAACCUAUCUCUAUCGAACAACUAUUUCAACCACAUCGGGCCGUUGUGUUGGAAGCUCGUGAAGAGUGGAGUGCUGGACGUAAGGAUGAACUGCAUCGCUGGGCUUCCCUAUCAGAGGCCGCACUAUGAGUGCGUGAAGUUCUAUUUUCACUCGUUUUGGUUCAGUUGGGUUUGUCCGUGGCAAUACUUGAUGAGCGCCAUUCCUUGCAAGAUCAAUUCAUCUUAUGUUAGUCGUCCUCCGGGUGGUCGGACAUCGGUCACUUACCCUGCUCUUAUUCGACACAGAUUAUUGUGAGGAUGAGAGGUGGUUGAGCGUGAGUUCUUCGUAUCCAACAUGAGGGUGUGGUGUGUCCAUCAAGAAAUAAGGAUGGGAAGACCAGCAAUAAUAACCACAGAGAAUGCUUAUAUGGUUAGGGAAUAGUCUCUGGCACUUGUCCUC